GCGUCACAUUUUUAAAAAUGGAGAAACUAAAAAAUUUCAAAGAUUCCCAUCUACAUGAAAAAUUGUGUUUGAGUGACAAAGAUUUCGAUUUAUGGCUUGUAGAGCUUGGACUACUUCACGGAAAACGAACUUGUUAUAAAUGUGGGGGCCGAACUACCAUUCAUCAAAUUAGAGAUAGACGUUAUGGCAGCUGGCGCUGUACAACAAAAAGAUGCCGUGCAGAAAAAGGUUAUUUAUGCGGCACCUUUUUCGAAGGCACUCACUUAACAACAAAACAAAUCUUUCAUCUUUCUUUUUUGUGGGCUUAUCGCUUAGGCAAGUAA